CCGGGCCUGUCUAUCCUAUGGCUGCCACUGUCCCCACCCGCAUGCCCUACGUCCGCCUCGGGAAGUCCGGGCUCAAGGUCUCUAAGAUCAUCCUGGGAUGUAUGUCCUAUGGUAGUCCGGAGUGGCAGCCUUGGCUUCUCGGCGAAGAGGAGGGUAUUAAGCACAUCAAAUUCGCAUACGAUGCAGGUAUCCAAACGUUUGAUACUGCGAACGUUUACUCGAACGGCCUCUCAGAAGUAAUUCUUGGCAAGGCUAUCAAACAACAUAAUCUACCCCGCGAUGAGAUCGUCGUGAUGACCAAGUUGUUCGGUACCGUCGGCCGUACCCCUGGAGAACGAUACCAAACUCUCGAUGCUGCUCAUCAGAAGGGAUAUGUAAACCAACAAGGUCUGAACAGGAAGCACAUCUUCGAGUCUGUCAAGCACAGCCUCGAUCGACUUCAACUCGAUUACAUCGACUUAUUACAAUGUCAUAGGUUCGACCCUAACACGCCGAUAGAGGAGACGAUGCAAGCCCUGCACGACGUCGUACAGGCCGGAUGGGUUCGCUACAUUGGCAUGAGCUCUUGCUGGGCAUGGCAGUUCCAGAUGAUGCAGAACUAUGCAAUCACGCACAACCUCACGCCCUUCGUCUCGAUGCAAAAUCACUAUAACAUUGCCUACCGCGAGGAAGAGCGCGAGAUGUUGCCCAUGUUGAAACAUCUCGGUGUGGGUGUUAUCCCGUGGUCUCCUCUUGCGCGGGGAACUACAACGCGUCCUCUCGCGGACACCACUGACAGGGCUAAGACUGAUCCCUGGCAUGACUUCUACCUUCAGGAUGGCUCAGGUGGCAAAGAGAUCGUGAACCGGAUCGAAGAAUUAUCAAAGAAACACGGCGCCAGUAUGGCUCAAAUAUCGUUGGCGUGGAUCCUUAGCAAAGACACUGUCACAGCGCCCAUCAUCGGGACCACCUCCUUGGAAAAAUUGAAGGACUUGCUAGGUGCACUCGACGUGAAGCUUUCGGAAGAAGACAUCAAGUACUUGGAGGCUGCCUAUAAGACCGUCAGCGUCUUUGGGCACGCUUAAUUUCUAGGCUUUUGAAUGGGCACGGAACCUGUCGAUAGGGAUUCACUGUUGUGAGAUCUUGACAUGACGGUAGAACCGGAGAGUGAGUGACUCUCCAAGGUGUUGUACGAUCAGCUAUUAUCAUGUGUAUAUGCGAUGAAUAUGACAAUGCAUUCGAAAGAUGGCGUAUGGGCACAGG